AUGGCGUCUCUCAGAUCAGUAUGCAGAGCGCCUCUAGGCCAACUCGCUCGUCGCACAGUUGCUACAAACCAUCCAAGAAUACUACAGCGACAAUGGCGGGGAUACGCGACCUCGCUGGAGGCACAGCAGAAGGUGCUUUCUCAAGACCUCGAGGAUGCCGACCCUACUGUCUACAAUAUCAUCGAGAAGGAGAAGAAGCGCCAGAAGCACUUUAUCAACCUGAUUCCCUCUGAGAACUUCACAUCGCAAGCUGUUCUCGAUGCCCUCGGCAGUGUCAUGCAAAACAAGUACUCGGAAGGGUACCCGGGACAACGGUACUACGGAGGAAAUGAGUUCAUCGAUCAGGCUGAGCGUCUUUGCCAGGAGCGUGCGCUCAAGGCCUUUAACCUCAGCCCCGAGGAAUGGGGUGUUAACGUGCAGCCGCUGUCUGGCUCGCCUGCCAACCUUUACGCCUACUCCGCCGUCAUGAACGUCCACGACCGUAUCCUCGCCCUUGAUCUUCCCCACGGCGGCCACUUGUCGCACGGCUACCAGAUUCCCGGCAAGAAGAUCUCCGCCAUCUCCAAAUACUUCGAGACUCUCCCAUACAGGCUGAAUGAGAAGACUGGCAUCAUCGACUACGAGAAGAUGGCUGAGCUGGCCCACCUCUACCGCCCUAAGGUCAUUGUGGCUGGCACAUCUGCGUACAGCCGCUUGAUCGAAUACGAGCGCAUGCGCAAGCUCGCAGAUGAGGUUGGCGCAUACCUUCUCUCCGACAUGGCUCAUAUCUCAGGCCUUGUUGCCGCUGGCGUUAUUCCCUCGCCCUUUCCUUAUUCUGAUAUUGUCACAACCACAACCCACAAGUCUCUGCGUGGCCCGCGAGGUGCUAUGAUCUUUUUCCGCAAGGGCGUCAGACGCGUCGAUAAGAAAGGCAACAAGGAGAUGUACGACCUUGAGGGUCCCAUCAACUCUUCCGUCUUCCCCGGCCACCAAGGAGGACCUCAUAAUCACACAAUUACCGCCCUUGCCGUUGCGCUUCAACAAGCUCAAAGCAAGGAGUUCAAGGAAUACCAGCAGCAAGUCCUCGAAAACGCUCAGGCGUUCGCCAAGCGCCUUGGUGACUCGAAGGAGAACGGUGGUCUGGGCUACAAUCUUGUCAGCGGCGGCACCGACAAUCACCUUGUGCUGAUUGACCUGAAGGAUCGUGGUGUCGACGGCGCCCGAGUGGAGCGCGUUCUCGAGCUUGUGGGUGUCGCGUCAAACAAGAACACUGUUCCUGGUGACAAGUCUGCCCUCAAGCCUGGUGGUCUGCGCAUGGGUACUCCUGCAAUGACUACUCGUGGCUUCCAGCCCGAGGACUUCAAGCGUGUGGCUGACGUUGUUCACCGCGCUGUUGGUAUCACGCAGAAGCUGGACAAGGAUGCAAAGAAGAAGGCCGAGGAGAGUGGCCGCAAGAAUCCCGGUAGCGUUGCGGCCUUCAAGGAGUACGUUGGUGAGGGCGACGAUAUCACUGACAUUCUCGAGCUGCGGAAGGAGGUUGAGGACUGGACUGGGACAUUCGCGCUGCCCUGGGACAAGGACUCGUGA